AAUCGACCAAAUAGAUCACUAACAAGCACUAAUGUUUCUAUGGCACUUGGUGAAAAUCUGGAAUUUCCAAAAUAUACCUAACUAGCUGGAGGCUCCAGAACGUUUCGAAACUAUCACCUUCAAUCGAUUCAGCAUGUUGAAAUUAGAAGUAUACAUAGAAGAGGAUGAUAAAACAGGCAGCUCGAAGUCUAAAAAUGAUUGUUGACAUGAAUCCGUCCGUUGCGCCGUUGUGCGAGAAUUUGUCACUUCAUUUCGAUUCAGCUUUGUACUUUUCCACAAAAGUGAAAAUCGUGAUUCGAUCCUGAUCGUCAAAUUUAUACCUACCGAUUUUUUGUGUUAUUUUUUAAAAUUUAUACCUACGUUUACGUUAUUGUUGAAAAUGAUCAAUUCUGAUCCUUGAUUAUAACUACCUACUAGUUACUGUUCUUUUAUGUAAUAAGUACUUUGUUUGCUCGUUUUCCAAAUUCACGUACAAUGUAGAUAAUACCUACUUAGGCAUUCGUUUGUAUUUUAAGGAUACCAUUUUUGACCAGCAGCCUGUGCGGGCACGAAGAGAGUGCAUCGUUCUAGAUGUUUUUUCUCGUUCAUUUUCUUAUAUCGAACCAGGUACUCGAAGUUACCAAAUUGUACAUUUUCUUUGUUAUAUAUCUACUUACGUGAUAAUUUUUUUACGUACCAAGCGUAUUGUUAAACUUGAAAGUAAAGCAUGGUUAUAUUUUAUAUAUUUGUUUUUACAUUAUUUAACAAAAUUUCAAUAGUCAACUUCUAGGUACCAUAUACUUGUAAUUUUUUUCUUUUUGAUAGUUUUCAGACAUUUCAUCUGACUUAUAUAGGUAUCUAUAAAGCGGGCAAAAAAGCUCAAUGUUUCAAUAAUUUAUGUUAUACCAACAUGAAACAAGCAUGGCUAAUUAUUUACGUAUUUUGUACCCAUCUUUGGUAUUGGCAUCAUAACUUGUCUAUUCUAAUAAAACAAUUUCUGUUGGUCACAUUUGAUAAGUGAGCCUAUUUCAUUUUCCUCGAAAUCAUGACAUUAUUUGAGACAAAUUCACUCAUGCUCACUAAACGUCAAUUUUAUCAGUUUGCCCUCCACCUCCCUGUUCCGCUGUUCAGGAUGAAUUUUUAUCACACGUAAUAGUUCCUACUACUCGUGAUUUAAAAAAAAGUGACUAAUUACAUAUUCUGUAUUUUAGUGGAAAUUUUUUGUAUCGCUGAUGUAUCAAUGCUUCAUUACUUUCAUUGGUUACAAAAUGGGUUUACUCGUAUAUUAGAUUAACUUGAAUUGAGCAAAUGUGCGAUUAAUGAUCGAUAAAAUAUCGUGUGUUUCGGAUGUGUGCUCGUUUUUCUAUUACCUACACGAAGAUCGAAGUGGUUCAAUAAAAAUAAUAUAAUUGUGUUGCAGGGUGCCAUUUGAUGGCCCUCUUACGUGCAAUUCCAUCUCUUCAGAUACCUGGUUGGCCUGAAUCGGACGAAAGCACCAUGUGGUUUUACCUAUCUCCAUGCACGUUACGAGAAAUGGCUGCGGUCAAGAUGGCCUUACUUUUAUGGCAUCGUAGAUUCAGCGAUUACUCCCUGAGACACAUAACCUCCGCUAAAUGGAUCCAUGCUCAUAAAUCCUUCAGCACCAAAGAUAUGUUCGUGAUACAUCCGAUCAUCGAGAGUCAAAUCGAUCAGUACAUCGAUGUUGUAUCUUCGGAAUUGGAAAACUGGCUGGAUUAUCAUUUAGAAAAGGUAUUUUUCGAUAGCGAUUUACACGAGGUGAUUUCAAAAUGCUACGGCGAAAUUGUAUGCUGCGGUAUCGAUUGCUCCAUUAGUUGGCACGACACAGCCAAAGCUCUUUUGAAAAGUGACCGAUUAACACAAAUGGAGAAAUACCGAAUCGCUUGUUUAUACUGUUUGAAAAACGAUAUAAAACGUUUAUGGCCUUUAUUCUGGAAAAAGCAUCAUAAAGGUGUUUACAAUUCGAUCCUGAAACCUAUUGUAAUGUAUUGGAAUGAUCUGAUGUUGGAUGAAGUACGCACAGGGAUGCCUAAAAUGCCUAAUGUGGCUGUAGAAAAACGAUUGAUCUCCUCUAGUUCGAAAUAUGUUCGGAAUUGGGCUACUGUGUUGUAUUUCUUGAAACGUUUCAGUUCAUUCGAAUGCACUGAUCAAGUAAUCAGUCUCAUAGAGUACGAUGUCUCGUAUGCGAUCCACCUGGUACCCGAAUUGAACGAUGAUCAAGUCCGCAAGGUGAUGAUCAAACGAGGUGUCGCUAUUUGGUACCAUUUCGCUAAACAGUCGAGAUAUGUAAGAUGUGCUCUGCGAGUUUGGUCUUAUAUCCGGCAUUUGAUUUCGGAGAGCGAAUUUUACUCCAUGAUUAGUCUUCUGAUGUAUAGUAAAGCGGCCGAGGUACGGGAAGAAGGGCAGCAGAAGAUAAGAGAACACACAUCGACAGUAUUGUUUGAAAUGUGGAACACUGCUCCGCCUCAUUUGAGGAAGUUUGUCGUCGAUAAUUACGCCGCCAAGGUACUGGACAUUAUGUACGAUUAUAAAAGCGAGAUGCUCAGAAUUGUUAAUCGUGACGCUAGAUUUUUACUGGCCUUAUUAAGCGAUACGGAUUUCCACUUCAGAAACGAUUUAUGGCUACGGAAUUGGUCCAGUAUGAUUUUCAGUAUCCCUCCAUUGUACCUAGACCAACUUAUGAUCGUAUGUUUGGAAGAUCCGGAAAAAAUAUCCAAAUGUAAGAAAGAUAUUGUCAACGGUCCUCAGUACAUUCAAAAGUAUUGUUUUCUUUCCAUAAAAGAAGGAUGUUUCGAAGAUAUCGAUGAUUUUCUCACUGUUUGUUCAUUACCCGCAGAAAAAAAAUUGGAGCAUAAGAAAGAGUUAUUGAGAUCGUUCCGCUAUAAUGGUCAUUUAGUUUUCGAACUGAAAACACUUAAAAAAUGGAAAGCAUUUAGUCAUUAUGUCGAUAGAGUUUAUCAAGACGACGAAUUCGUCAAAAGCUACAAAAAGGAUAUGGUAUUCAGUAGUUCUGUCCGCGAUGCUUUAAACAAAGAGCUAAUCAGUGGCCGAUUGUGGUAUGUUGAUCGUUUCAUCAGCACUUUCAUUACUACCGAGGAUUCUGUCGAGCUCAAAGCUAAGCUUAUGGAUCGAUGUCAGAGUAAUCUGGCUCAAGGCAAGUUCUACAAUUUCGAUAGAUCAAACUGGCAAGAAUUUUUUGAAUGGUGCUCUGUUGGAAAUGAGCAAAAGAUUUCAGAAUUCAGAUCCAAUUUGCCAAUCGAUAGAAUAUUUUUAGUAGCGUUAAAAAAAUCUGUCAAGUUCGUCUCGAUGAAUGAUUUUUUUCGCAAAUGGGCUGACGAUUGUGAUUUCGUGAAGUUGGAUAGUUUCUUGAAGUGGUUUUUUGGUACUGCCGAAGGAGUCAAGUGUUUUAAACUGAAGAAAGUGUAUGUAUAUCAGGGUGUAGAUGAUUUAAAAGCGAAGUUGAAUGUUGAAUGCGAUGAUGUUGUUGGUAUUGUACUCAAAUGGUUUUUUGACGGUAAUUCGACUGAUUUGGAAGAAUGGAAGAAGUUUAGUGAAGAUCCGCAGUUGGCAAAUUUAUCUUCGAAACGUUGAAGUGAAAAAGUGUAGGUACCAUAACUGUGUGAGUGGAUAGGUGUGAAAUAUUUUACGCUUAGUAAUUUAUUUCUGUUUAUAAAAAUGUAUAGGAAAAUUUAAUAUAAUUAUUUAAUCACUU